UGAAUUACAACUGAGAAGGGCUGCGGAAGAGAGUGCAGCAAUGUAGGCUAGCUCAUGGUUACUCCAGGGAAGUAGUGUUUAGAAUAGUUUUGGAAAUAGUAUCGGGAUAAAAGUGAAGACCGAACCUCUCCACGCUUCCGUUUGAUUUAUUCAGCGUUUAUCUCACACGCUCUGAGCCAUGGAGGCCGCACCGAACCUGCUCAACUUGUUGGAAAACAUGCGUGCCUACGCGGAUCUGGUGCUCAGUGAGGGCGUCGAGCCGCAGUUCCUUCAGAUGGCUGUCUGCUUUGAGCGCUGCCGUGGCCAAUGGCUGCGUGUAGAGGAGGAGCUGGGUGGCUGCCGGGAGAUGCUGACCAAAGUGGAGGCAGAGCGGGGGGCACUGGAUGUCAAGCUGAAGCAUGCGCGCAACCAGGUGGAUGUGGAGGUCCGGCGCAGACAGAAAGCCGAGGCUGAGUGUGAGAAACUGGAUCGUCAGAUCCAGUUGAUUCGGGAUCUGUUGGUCUGUGAGGGAUCCACCAGCCUGCAGCUUAACGAAGAACAGCGAUCUGCUUUGGCCUUCCUGAAUGCUCGUACUCUCACAUCCAACCCCAACAACAGUCGCAGGCUGUGCACCAUUGACGAGUCAAACUCCAUCCUGUCAGAUAUCAGCUACGACAAAACUGAUGACUCUCUGGACUGGGACUCUUCAGCGAUCCGCACCGUCAGGCUGAGGAAGAGACAGAAAAGACGCUCCUCACGCCUGCAUGUGGAAGGUCCAGAUGGUCCAAAGAGAUCCCGCUCAACUGGCCGCAAGUCAGAAAAGGCAAAUGAGUCCAUUGUGGCAAAAACUACACUGACCGUGCCUGCUAAUGGCGGCCCAAUUCAGGCAGUGUCCACUAUCCAGUCCAUACCCUACAGAAGCCACGGGCACAGGGACGCUACUCAGUGGGACACAGACACGACUGACUGUGUCAGUGAUGCCCCAAGCGGUCCCCCCAGUGUGGUCUGCACUCCCACUCCCAAAGCCAGUGUGCCUCUCAAAUCCCACGCCUUCGUCUCCAAAACGGUCAUCAAGCCUGAGACCUGCAUGCCAUGUGGCAAGAAGAUCAGGUUUGGCAAGCUGUCUUUGAAGUGCCAGUCUUGCCGGUUGGUGGCACACGCUGAAUGCCGUCAGCGAUGCCCUUUGCCCUGCAAGCCCACUAACUCUGCUACCCCAAUGAAGACUGCUGAGGGCCGUCUGAGUGAUUAUGUGUCUUCCCAUGGACCUAUGAUUCCACAAUUGGUCAUCCAGUGUGUCGGCGAGAUUGAGCAGAGGGGACUGCAUGAGACUGGUCUCUACCGUAUUUCGGGUUCUGACCGCGUGGUGCGAGACCUGAAGGAACGCAUUGUGCGUGGGGGUGGCAGUGUUCCCCCUCUGGGCCGUGUGGAUGACAUCCAUGUCGUCGCUGGCCUGCUCAAGGACUUCCUACGAAACCUCAAGGAGCCACUGCUCACCUGCAGGCUUAACCGCGCCUUCAUGCAAGCUGCAGAAAUUGGCGAUGAGGACAACAGCAUAGCAGCGAUGUACCAGACCAUCACCGACCUGCCUCAGCCGAACCGAGACACGCUGGCUUUCCUCAUUCUGCAUCUGCAGCGGGUGGCCCUAAGUCCAGACACUAAGAUGGAUGCCACCAACCUAGCCAGAGUGUUUGGCCCCACCAUUGUUGGCCAUUCAGUUCCGGACCCAGAUCACAUGACCCUCUUGAUGGACACUCAGCGUCAACCCAGGGUCGUGGAAAGACUCCUCAGCCUUCCUUUGGAGUACUGGCGCCAGUUCGUGGUGGAGCAGGAGAAUAUACCACCAGGCCUCCACACUCCAGAGCAGAAAGUGAGUAUUCUGGGACCCGUGACCACCCCAGAGCAUCAGAUGAGUAAGACCCCGUCCUCCAGCUCGCUUUCUCAGCGGUUCAAGUCCACCCUCAGUACUCCAAUUUUUGGGAGCAGGAGUAAGCCAUCCGUGGGCUUCUUUUCCUCUCCGCUACUGAAGUGAGGAUCUCCUGGAGGCCAAAGCUGGAGGCACCACUGUAGAACCUGCCAGCACUUUAACCUACUAUGCAACACUCCAUGCUGCCAGAUAUUUACCAGCCUUUUACAUCCAUAUUUAAGGAUAUUUUAACACUUUAUUUUUAAACACCCAUGUUUUAUAACUUCCUGUAUUUAUGACGAAUGUCUUGUGUUGAAUCUUGGUUCAGAUGAAAAGAUAUGGACACCUAACAAGGAACUUGAGACCUCCGGUUUUGUGUUAAACCAUCUGAGAGCUUGUCAUACGAAGACAUUUCCUGUGUUCCUUUCAAAAAAAAAAAACUCCUUUGAUCUGCAAAAUUGUAUUUGUUGUCUUGUGCAAUGUUGGUUAGCUGUGCAAACACUCUUACUACUAAUGUAACUUUACACUGCACUGUUUGAAUGGGAAAGGAAGCUUUACUAAAACAUUUUUCUUUUUAAUUGAAUGGAAGGGUGAGAUGUGAUCACACCUAUCCCAUGUUUCUAUUCAGUGAUGUUUUAAGAUGAAUCUUAUCUUUUCCCUGUGUAGUUAAAACCAAAAAAAGUAAUUAUGGUUAUGUAAAGAGUUAACAUAAAAAAAAGAGGGGGGGGGGGCCUUCAGGGUGAGUGAAGACCUCUUCCUUGUGUACUGUUACCAUGGUGAUACUUUUUGUUCAGGCUCUGCUGAUGAAACCAAAUUGAAUUAAAUGAGGAAAUGAUUAUCAUUCUCACUGUUCUGUGCUUCUGUGAUCACACAGGAGCACAACAAAAUAUAUUUCUGUGUUUUCAAUCGCUUUUAAAUGUGUGUGGUGAAACAUUUGGGAUGUGCAAUGUUAUCCACCUGUCUGGAAAGUAGAAUGGGAAAUGUCCACUUUUAUUCUGUUAAAAAUAUUAUCACUAAUUGUUUGUAUCUCAACUGUAAUAUCUUUUAAUCAUGCAACUAACAUUUAAGGGCUAGGUUAUCAAGUUGUCAAUUUGGCAUUUGGAUUCUGUUCCUGUAACUCCAUGACAAGCUCUUGAAGCUUUCCAAGAAUACGAACAGUUUUGGUCUAGUUUUGUAUUGAUCAUUGUUGCUCUGACAGAUCCUAUGGUAAUCUAUUUUGAAAUACAAAUUUAUGGUUGGAAAA